GUGGAGUAUCUCUUCAAUUACUACUACACCCGGCUGAUAGCCUACAAGGAUCGGUAGAAACACAGGUUGAUUCCAGAGAAAACGGUUUACGCGAACAGGAUUGGUGUUGUUGUUGUUUUUUUUGUUUUAAAUCAAGCUGCUAUAUUUUUUUCUUCCUUUGUCAGUAUCAUUCAGUAACUGGGUUCAUAGGAAAGCUGUAAACGAUUUUAAACGUAAAUCCUCAAGAACGAGAUGGCAAGAGGGGAAGGCGCAGAGCAGUACUCUAAUGCCAAUCUUCUGCAAAAACCCAGCCCAGAUGGAAUCAAAUUGGCAGCAAAGCGUGAAUCAAAAGGCCGGUUGUCGGUGUGCAACAAGCUGUGUUAUGCUGUUGGAGGAGCACCAUAUCAGAUAACAGGAUGUGCAAUCGGCUUCUUCCUUCAGAUCUACCUGCUGGACGUUGCUUUGUUGGACCCAUUUUAUGCCUCCAUCAUCUUGUUUGUGGGUCGAGCGUGGGAUGCUAUCACGGACCCAACUGUGGGUUUUCUGGUCAGCCGGAGUCCCUGGACUAGAUUUGGACGAAUGAUGCCCUGGAUCAUUCUCUCUACCCCAUUUGCUGUGCUGUGCUAUUUCCUCAUCUGGUACGUGCCGUCUGUUGAGCAAGGCAAGGUUGUCUGGUACCUGAUCUUCUACUGCUCCUUCCAAACAUUACAGACAUGCUUCCAUGUACCGUACUCUGCUCUUACCAUGUUCAUCAGCACUGAACAAAAAGAAAGGGAUUCGGCCACAGCCUACCGAAUGACUGUUGAGGUUUUGGGCACACUCAUUGGCACUGCUGUUCAAGGUCAGAUUGUGGGAAUGGCUAACGCUCCCUGUAUCAGUUCUGGAGAGGAUCUGAACUCCACAGAUCUACAGGUGACUCCCGAGGUCAACAUCACCGAGCCUCAUGUUUCACUAGAGCACCUGAGAAAUGCUUAUAUGAUCGCGUCUGGUGUCAUCUGCUCCAUUUAUGUCAUCUGUGCCGUGGUCUUGUUCCUUGGUGUGAAAGAACAAAAAGAGACCUGCAGGGUUAGGUCUGAGCCCAUGUCAUUUUUCCAGGGCAUUCGUAUGGUAAUGGGCCACGGUCCAUAUGCCAAACUGGUCAUGGGCUUCCUCUUCACCUCUCUGGCCUUUAUGUUUCUAGAGGGAAACUUUGCACUGUUCUGUAGCUACACCCUGGGCUUUAGAAACGACUUCCAAAACAUCCUGCUUGUCAUUAUGCUCUCUGCCACACUUGCCAUCCCAUUUUGGCAAUGGUUCCUCACGAAAUUUGGCAAGAAGACUGCUGUGUAUAUUGGGACUACAUCUGUGGUGCCUUUCCUGAUCUCUGUAGUCUUGGUGCCAAGCAGUCUUAUUGUGACGUACGUUGCAUCUUUUGCUGCUGGAGUCAGCGUUGCAGCGGCCUUCCUCCUGCCCUGGUCCAUGCUUCCCGACGUUGUGGAUGACUUUAAAGUCCAAAAUCCUGAAUCUCAGGGCCAUGAAGCCAUAUUCUACUCCUUCUAUGUGUUCUUCACCAAGUUUGCGUCUGGAGUCUCCUUGGGGGUCUCAACUCUUAGUCUUGAUUUUGCCGGCUAUGUGACGAGAGGUUGCACGCAACCCGCCGAGGUCGAUUUAACCCUGAAGAUCCUGGUGUCUGCUGCUCCAAUAAUUUUGAUCAUUAUCGGGCUGCUAAUAUUCAUCUCCUAUCCCAUUGACGAGGAAAAGCGACAAGGCAACCGCAAACUUCUUAAUGAACAACGAGAAAAUGAGAUCGACUCAGAAGCAGACUCCACUGAGAACAAUGUGGUUUAACAGGACAUUGUGCCAUUUGCGAUCGGACCAACAGAGCCAAAACAAACCGAGCGGAUGCUUUGAACCAACCGUGCUGCCUUCUGGCUGAAAACUUUCACCAAUAUCACGCCUACACAACAGCGUAUCAACUUGAAACGUAGCCUUUGCCAGCUCAAGUUCAAAGUUCCUUGCCAUUUCCAGUUGCAAGUGCUAAUGGACGCUAGAAAUGUUUCUCGGAGUUGCACAAAACCGAAGGGCGGGCUUGUGUGUUACCAGUAUUUGUGCUGCUCUCUGGCAUAGGAUCUCAAAGCAGUGUCCAAAAACAGCCAGCUUUUGAUGAGCAAACAUCUAUACUGCACUAAAAAAAAAAUGAUCUGAGGUGGGACAUGUCUACCGUAAGAAGAAACUUGAAACAUUUAGGAAGGUUUUUAGGUGCUAAAACCAAAAAUGGAUUUCAAUCAUGAUUGAAAGGCACAUUUUGGGAUGAAUAUCUGUGAAACUGUACGCUACGCAAGUAAUGUUUAUAUGUAAUUUAAUAUUUAUAAUUACUUUUUGUGCAUCUAACUGAUUAAGCAAACUUGAAACCAUGAGACCUAAGUGGGGUUUGAUUACAUCAAACCUUAGUAUUGCGCACAAAGGGUUAUUGUUUAUUUCUUGUAUUACUUUUCUCCACGCACCCCUUCUAUUAUGUUCCUUUUUAUCUGUUUCCACUCUUUUGGGGCAUACAAAGCUCUUUUAGAGGGAUGCGCUGAGGGAUAAACUUACAAAUUUGAUCCCUCUGCUUCAGAUCAGAAGAUUUUGUUCACUUAAGUUCUGGAAGUGUGAAUGAAACGUACUGCUGACAACUGAGGCAAUGAACUAGCAAUGGGGUUGUAUGGGGUUAAAAUGUAUGAUCAAUUGCUUCUGGUGUGAGAUAAGGAAGAUUAUUUAAGUAUUUAUUACUUUUGUUUUAAAUCAUAUGUUGAUUUGAUUAUGUAUGUUUCUCCCCUCUUCCUUAAUUUAACUUGUUUAAGGGCCUCAGUCAGUAAAAUAAGGGCAAUUAAAAUAGUUGUCACUGCUGAAUGAUAUCUAAUAUGCAGUUAAUUCCUAUGGAAAAGCCAAUCAAUGUGUUUUACAGGUGAUAUUGCUGUUUGUUUAGCUGUUAAUCUGAUUUCUGGUCUGUUUACUUUGUGUCAGUGUCCUUUUGUUUGUCCAUAUAGAAGUUGUCUUAGAAGUACCCUAAUUGUAUAGUAAUAAUUAAUGUCAGUUCUCUGCCUGUAACUUCUGUCGGUGAUUUGAAUGCCAAGUGUUUCCAUAUCAUGUGAUGUGAUAUAUGUACAUAGACCAUAUGAAAAUAUGGACUUUUCAUUUUCUAUUUGGGGAAAAUGGAAUUGCUUGUAAAUAACAUUUGUUUAAAGUGCUGUAUGUUAUACAUAUGUACAUAUGAUGAUGCACAACGGUUUUCUAACACCUGUCAAUUUUGUAUCGAUGCAUCUGUAACAUUUCCUGUUCUCAUUAACACCAGUUUGUGGUUAAAUGUUGAGGUUUCCAUAUCCUGGUAUCAAAUUAGUUACUGUGUAUAAUAAAUGUGCUGAUGUUUGUACAUAGAUUUUUUUUUUUUUUUUUUUGGAUGGAAUUGUUAUAAAUGUACAUGUGUGUAGUUAUUUAAAAGAAAUAAUGUUACAAAAUUUGAAAGUAUGUUUGUUAAUAAACUCUAAUACUGAAGAAUCA